GUUUCUCUGCUGGCUCGAACUGGGAUUUCUCAGGGUUCAAAAGAAAUCUCUCUCUUGCAGGUGAGCUCCGAUCCCUCCAUGUACAUUGAAGUGGAGAACGAGAUCACAACCGUGGGAGGAGCCAAACUUAGCAGACUGAAGUGCAACCGAGAAGGGAAAGAGUGGGAAACGGUGCUCACCAGCCAAAUUCUCUCUGCGGCGGGGAGCUGCGAAGUGGUGAGCGUGGCCUGUGAAAAGCGGACCCUCUCCGUGUUUUCGGCGUCUGGCCGUCGCCUUCUCCCUCCCAUCGUUCUCCAUUCCCCCAUCUCCACGUUACACUGUACAGGGUUUUACAUCAUGGCUCUCACAACUGCUGCAACCCUCUCUGUUUGGAACGUGCGGAAGCAGUCAGUGGUGGUGAAAGAUGAGUCCCUACAAACCAUUUUAGCAGGAAGUGAAACCACUGUCUCUCAAAUCUUGCUGACUCAGCAUGGCAUCCCUGUGAUGAAUAUGUCGGACGGAAGAGCAUAUUGCUUUAAUCCUUCUCUAUCAUCCUGGAACCUCAUCUCUGACAAGCAGGAAACGUUGGCACAGUGUGCAGACUUCAGGAGCAGUCUACCAUCGCAGGAGGCCAUGCUGUGUUCAGGACCUUUAGCCAUCAUUCAAGGACGAAUGUCUAACUCUGGGCGGCAGGCAGCCAAAUUGUUCUCCAUGCCUCAUUUGGUGCAGCAAGAAACCACCACAGCGUACCUGGAGAGUCAGGUGGCCUCUGCCUUGGCUUUACAGUCUAGUCAUGAAUAUCGUCACUGGCUGCUUAUUUAUGCACGGUACCUGGUUAAGGAAGGCUUUGAAUAUCGCUUGAGGGAAUUAUGCAAGGAUCUGUUAGGUCCUGUCCACUCUUCCUCGGGAAGUCAGUGGGAAUCAACCGUCGUGGGCUUGAGGAAACGGGACCUGCUCAAGGAACUGUUGCCCGUCAUCGGGCAGAACCUUCGUUUCCAGCGACUUUUUACGGAAUACCAGGAGCAGCUGGACAUUUUGAAAGACAAGUAGCCUCCUCUGAGAUCUUUCUCCAGCCUAUAGGAGAGCAGGGAAGAAGAAGCAGAGGGUCCGUUGGCCGAAGCUAACACUCCUGGAAAAAGACGCGGGGCAGGAACCACAUGGGGGGGGGGGGAGUCUUUUAACAAGCUAAAAUGUUGCCGUUUUUAAAAGAAGAUCACGAGAGGGAAGUGUGAACAUUUGGGGAAGCAAAUGUGCUUCUGCUGGUCUUUCACAAGCAUCACAGCUUGUAGCUGUCAGGGCACGAGAAUGGUCUUCAAAGAGAAGAGACUGUUGUAUUCCAGAUCUGAUAUACCAGAUAUCAAAGAGACACUUUUUUGUGUGUGUGAGCCUUUUGAAUAUCCUUUGAAAAGCACAUUACAAGAAGCUAAACUGAAUGUCAUACAAAGCCCUCAUUUCGGGGUUCUUUACUGAGGAUUUAUGUAUUGGGGAGGCAAAGGUGGAGCCUCCCCAAAUCCUGAAAUUCCUGCAGAGUUAUGCAGCCCACAAACUCUUGAAAUUGUGGAUAACAAUUCGAAACCAGAGGCUGUUGGAUCACCAUGGACUAUUUUUAUACUAGAAUUUGCUAACUUGUAAUAUGAGAAUUUUAUUUGGCCAAUAAUUCCCCCGUCCCCCACCCUCUCCCUCCACCCAAAAGUCCUCUUGUAUCAAAACGUAACUUCAUUAAUUAUGACAGCUACGUUGCUGAACAAUUGUACCAAAAUAAAUGUCUCUCUCUUUUUUUUUAACUAUUUGUAAAAGGUAUUGGCAAAAUGGGAAGGGAUAGCUAAAAACGGAAAGGGUUUGGGGAGGGAAGGCAUUUUUUUUUUGUAAGUACAAUUAAUAAAUGAACAUUGCAUUGA